UCUCUCACACACAAAGAUCCCUUUCUUUUUUAGAAAGACUUCAUAAAAACUUUCAGGUUUUUAAAAUCUGAUCACAUACACACAAAAAAAGUGAUCAAUGAAGAUGCAACACAACCCUUUUCAUGGGGAUAGUGUACCCAAUGGUUUAAAACCUCAUAAAAUAACAUUCAAGAAAGCUGUGAAGAAAGUGAUGAAAGAUCGGUCAACUAAACAAUACAUGGUCGAGAUGGAGAACAUGAUCAGAAAAAUUGUUCGAGAGGAGCUUGAUCGUAUUAUUAUACAACCUCAAUUCUCUUCGUCAUCGUCCACAAUGGAGCGUUCGCGUUCAGAGACGCCAUCCUUGCGUUCACGAUUCAAGCUACGAUUCAUCAACGCACCACCGUCUACGAUAUUCACGUGUGCCAAGAUCGAAGCCAAGGACCAUUCUCCCGUAGCGUUCGAGCUCGUGGAUACAGCCACGAACUCCAGAGUCGUCUCGGGACCGCUCUCGUCUUCUCGGGUCGAAAUCGUGCCGCUGAACGGUGACUUCACGGAGGAAAGCUGGACCGUUGACGUAUUCAAAGGGUAUAUUGAAAAGCAACGCGAAGGAAAACGUCCGUUACUCACCGGAGAUUUAACGGUGACGCUUAAAAACGGCGUCGGAGUGAUCUCCGGAGUUGUUACUUUCUCGGAUAAUUCCAGCUGGACUAGGAGUAAGAGGUUCCGGUUAGGUGCUAGACUAACCGGUGGUGGAGCCGUGGAGGCAAGAAGUGAAGCCUUUAAAGUUAAAGACCAACGUGGAGAAUCGUAUAAAAAACAUCAUCCUCCGUACCCCGGUGACGAGGUUUGGAGACUGGAGAAAAUAGCUCGCGUUUCAGCGAAGCGUUUGGCUGAACGGAAGAUUAUUACCGUUAAGGAUUUUCGUCGUUGGCACACUGUAGAUGCAGAUGCGCUAUACAACCUACUUGGUGGAGAGCACAUACCUGGUGGAGGAAUCUCAAAGAGAACAUAUGAAGCAAUUGUAUCCCAUGCGAUGGAAUGCGUUUUGGACGAAGCAGAGUGUUACAUCUACAACACAACCGCUCUUGGCGUUUCACUUAUUUUCAACUCUGUCUAUGAAGUGAUCAAAGUGUACUUCAGUGAUGGCACGUUUCAAAAUCCAGAUCAGCUACCAGCUUAUCAGCUUGUCGAGUUAAAGCGUGAAGCGUAUCAAAACCUUAGCCAGUUUAGGACCUUUGUGGAGCAUCCACAUAGGUCCUUGCAAUGCACGCAAAAUCCUGGAUUGCAACACAACAAUUUUCAAGGAGUUUCGAUUCCAUUAGACUCUUUGAGCUCUCUUUACUUCACAGCUUCAAACUCCACGGUCCAACCAGAGAUGGUGAUGAAUUUUGAUAACUCACCAGCCACGACGUCGUUUCAUAUCGACGGAAAAUUCAUGCAAAGAAACAGCUUUAGGGUUAGUGAACACGAUCCGGUGCACAGCGAAUCGCAAACUGUAGCGACAAGAGAUUAUAUGGAGAAUGACGAGGAUGAUCAUGAGAACACUUUUGCUUAUCCUCACCAUCAUGACUUGCCCUUGAACUGGUCGCCAGGUGCAGCGAAUUUGGAGCAACAAUUGAAUAGUUUUUGUGUUAGCGUGUCUGGCACGCAAGAAGCUGGAACGUUUGAUGUUAGUAUUGCAAACAUUAAUGUGGGAUCUCCAAGAGGCAGGUGGUGUAAGGUUAAGGCAGCUUUUAAGAUCCGAGAAGUCUGGAAACUCACAACUGCCAGAAAAAGAUCAGGGAAUGCUUGUAAGAACCCUUGUCUACUGUAUUAGAUUCAGAGGUUUAAGAUGUGUAUAUUGUGUAUGUGUGUGAGUUUUUAUUCUUUCCUUAUGAGUUGUGAUAGAAUAGGGUUAGUUAAAUUGAUCCCGUCCAUUGAAUGUUUCCAAUGGUUUAAUAAGUACUGGGGAUUAGUCUUUGUGUAUACCAUGUUUGAUAUGUAAAUCUCUACAAAAAAAAAAGACUAUACUGUAUAUAUAACCAAAUCAGUUUACAUGUUUUAUA